GGUGUGGCAGGCAGUCGCUGAACCCGGACCGAGGGACUCCCCACAACACAGGCACGGCUCGCUCAAGAAAAGGAGGAUCCUCACUCUCCUUUGUCCUGGGUACAAAUGCCCUGUUCUUGGAAACGACCCAUGCUCCUGUCAGUGCAUGAGCCCAUGCCCACCACGGCCUCCUUUGGCAUUGAAAUGUUCAAUGUCACCACACAAGUCCUCGGGUAUGCUCUUAACAGGACCCUUUCAGAGGACAACUGCCUAGACGCGGAGUGGUGGAGCUGGCUCAACGCCACCCAGGCCCCCUUCCUCUGGGUCCUCUUCCUGUUGGCCGCACUGGAGAACAUCUUUGUCCUCAGCGUGUUCUGUCUGCACAAGAACAGUUGCACUGUGGCCGAGAUCUACCUGGGCAACCUGGCCGCCGCGGACCUCAUCCUGGCCUGCGGGUUACCCUUCUGGGCCAUCACCAUUGCCAAUAACUUCGACUGGGUGUUCGGAGAAGUGCUGUGUCGUGUGGUGAACACCAUGAUCUACAUGAAUCUCUACAGCAGCAUCUGCUUCCUGAUGCUCGUGAGCAUCGACCGCUACCUGGCGCUAGUGAAGACCAUGUCCAUGGGCCGCAUGCGCGGGGUGCGCUGGGCCAAACUCUACAGCCUGGUGAUCUGGGGCUGUACGCUGCUUCUGAGUUCACCCAUGUUGGUGUUCAGGACCAUGAUGGACUACAGUGAUGAAGGCCACAAUGUCACUGCCUGCGCCAUCGCCUACCCGUCCCCCUCCUGGGAGGUGUUCACCAACGUGCUGCUGAACCUGGUGGGUUUCCUCCUACCCCUGAGCGUUAUCACCUUCUGCACGGUGCGGAUCAUACGGGUGCUAAGGAACAACGAGAUGAAGAAGUUCAAGGAGGUCCAGACGGAGAGGAAGGCCACCGUGCUGGUGCUGGCCGUCCUGGGGCUCUUUGUGCUGUGCUGGGUACCUUUCCAGAUUAGCACCUUCCUAGACACGCUGCUGCGUCUCGAAGUGCUGUCGGGAUGCUGGGUGCCUGUCGUAGACGUCAUCACACAGAUCAGUUCCUACGUGGCCUACAGCAACAGCUGCCUCAACCCGCUGGUGUAUGUGAUCGUGGGCAAGCGCUUCCGGAAGAAGUCCCGAGAGGUGUACCGGGCACUAUGCCAGAAGGGAGGCUGUAUGGGAGAACCCAUCCAGAUGGAGAACUCCAUGGGGACUCUGAAGACCUCUAUCUCGGUGGAACGACAGAUCCACAAGCUGCAGGACUGGGCAGAGAAGAAACAGUGAACAGAAGCCGCAAGGCAGAACUACUGCCGAGUGUGUGAGGACUGGUGGGACCCAAGCCUCUCAGCCUGGAUUCAAGAAAGAGCUUGAAGCAUCCUAGGCAGCCCCAGGGAAUCAGGCAGGUGACUCCAGCCCUGUCUCAUGGCAUAAGCAUGCUGUGGGGAAUGGGUACCCUGGAGCACAGCAGGAUUAUUCUUACUGGCUGGUGCUCUAAUUCUCCAUGAAUAGAGGGGUUGUGGGGUAGGGAUGGGAGUGACAGAGCUUCCUUCCCUUUGGGGUAAGGACAAAUCUCCUGCCAGCUUUGGCCCUGUGGCUACAUGCACAGUAGGCAUGGCUGCCUCACUUCCCAGUUUCAAGGGUUUAUGAUUUAUUGGCCUUCUGAAGGUUAAAUUCUA